AUGAUGUACAAAUGGCAGACACCCGACCUUCACACCAAGCUGUUCGCGAAGAUCCCAUUUCCACUGUCUGGUGCGACCAGCAACGAUCGCUUGAGCAGCUCUGUGAACAAGCAGCCCAUGGAUUUUUACGAGAUCAAUGCCUAUCGAUUGAUUGAAGCCAGCAUGCCCAUCAAAAUUCCGAAGUUCUACUUUGGAGACAUCAGCAAUGAGUCUUCAAACUUUAUUCUGAUCACUGAGCGUGUGCCCUUUACUGGCAUGCCACCUCUGAAGCCCUUUGAAAUCGAAGGGCCCUACGUAAAGUGCAAAGACUUCGAGAUGAACGGGACUGACAAGGACCAUUACUGCCUUCUCAUGCAGGUACAUGCUCGCAUUGCGGCGGCACAUAAAACCGGGAAAAUGGGCGCCGAAGAGUUUCUGAUGAGGAACCUCUCUUUCAACAACGUUGCCUUCCAUCCAAUGGACCCCGAGAAAGCUUCAGGCGUCCCGCCUCAAAUGGUUGCGAGCCAACUGCGGCAGGCUAUCAAAUUCUUCUCUGAGACUGCUAAGGUGCUUUAUCCUGACUACGUCACCACACAGGCUUUCCAGGAGAAAUUCUUUAAUACCAUGAUGACCAGCAACGCCUAUGCGAAGGAGACAAUGUAUUGGAAGCUCCUGGAUACAGACUACGUUGCCUUGGGGCAUCAGAACCUGAACAUUGACAACGCCUACUUCUGGCGGGAUGAGAAGAACGUUCUUGAUUGUGGCAUAUUCGAUCUCGGAGGGUUCGGUGCCAACCCGCUACAUCACCGGAUUUGGUGGGGGCUCAACUGUGCUGAGUUUGACCUCGUUGCUGAGAACCUAGAGGAGUACCUCAAGUUGUUCAUUGACACGUACCAUUCGAUGGGAGGACCGCUGCUGGACAAGAAGAUUUUGAAGACGGGCUGCAUUCUUACGGCGCUGGAAAACAUGUACUACAUGGUGGUCUCCAUCCCCAACUGCCUCAAGAUGUGCAGUACGAAGGAGUGGGCCACGAUUCAAGAUCGGAAUGAUCCCCGGAUCGCUGCAGAUGUUGGUGGGAAGAGCACCCUGCGCACUACCCUCAAGGUCCUCCUCAACGGCAUACGCGUUCUUGAAGAGAUGAAGGCCGAUGAAGUUCUGCAAGACUGGAUUGGGCAGGUGUACGUUGGUACAUGGUUCAAUGAGGCCAAGACAUCGUCCAUGAUCUUUGGCAACGAGGCUGAUGGGGACCUCAGGGGGAGCAUGCCCAAGCUAAAGGCCCAACCAGGCACAAUAACACCUGAAUCCGGGAGUCUUUCAAAUAUGUUUGUCCCCAAAACCCUAAACCCUAGCCCACAUGGCUCAACUAUUCAAAACACACAUGACUCCGGUCCCGGAAGCCCCAUAAUCCCCCAACAAUUCUCGCUACGGACUAAAGUUAGGUUGGGGGGCACCUACAGGGGGAUGUACACAUAG